AUGCAGUAUCCAGAAGUACCAACCAUCACCCUUCCAGACGGGACUUCUCCUUCCAUCCUGUCGGGUAUCCCCCCUGAGAAGCUCCCAAGUUUGCCUCCGUCUGUGCAAAGGAAACUCGUUCGAGCGUUGGAGGACCUCUUGCAGAAAGCUCAUGCAAUGCCCCGCGGAAAGACAGUCAAGGAAGACCAAGACAGACAUGUCUUCAUUGAUGCAGUCAGCUGGCAACUUGCGACGUGCCUCCGCUACUCGAUGCCAACUCGCAUUGCUGAGGCUGUUGCUUCGUUGACUUUCCUCACUGAAGCCCAUAGACGCAUCUACAAAGGUACAAAAGUGGACGUCAUUCCUACCCUCUACCUGGGAGUUGCCCUAAGCAGGAUAGAAGGAGAAGAGGAACGCGCCCUCAAGACGUUCAAGGAAGCAUUCGAUAACCUCCACGCCUCGUCUCAAGUUCCGGCUAAGAAUCUUAUCUGGGCGCGUGCCAAUAUGGCUCGAAUGCUUCGCGGCAUGGGGAGAAAUGCGGAAGCGAGUAUCCAAGAGAGACUGACUAGCCUCAGAGAGUGGAUUGUGAACAAUUCCUUAGAUUUUUUCCCUAACGUGAUCACAAACGCCAUCGCUGAUGACAUCGGUACUGGAGCCCAUAUACUCGACCACAGAGAUGUGAUCGCCCAUUUCAGCCGAUUUCGAGAGUUGGGGCCCAAUCAAUGGGUUCUCGACGACAAGAUUGUUCUGACCAAGUGA